CACUAGGACGGAGCUCUUGUUCAUCCACAGUACUGCCCUACAAUUGUAUGAAGGGGCUCGGCUGUAUCACUACUCAAUCCUCCACCCCAAGAGCAAGAUCCUCUUCACGACCCCUGAAAUGUUGCUAUGGACGAGUUUAUUGAUACGACUUUGUGGAAGGAAACGUAUACAGAAAAGACAGCAGGAUCCGAUUCUGUACACAUCCAGGCCAAGAACCUACUUCGCCGCAACUUUUUUGAAAUUCAGUCCGUCACGCAGCAAAGCCUGCAGUUUACUAUAAGAACUUUUUCAGUAGUAAAAUCAAGAACGAGCGACAUUUCCAGAAAACAAGGUGACACAAGUAAAAUUAUACGUCAAAUUGUUUUCGAUAUGAAUUAGUACCAGUAGUAGAGAAAUUAUAUUGAAAAACGAGAAAUUGAUUCUACAAUAAAGUACUAUGUAGAUAAAAAAAACUUGUUGAAUCACAAUACGCACAAAAAUAUCAUAAGACGCAACACAAAUUCGGCACCCCAUCAAGAUGGAGUUUUUCGGGAUUAUCAAGUCUUUCUCGCGACAGAAGGGCUACGGCUUUGUCAGUUGCGAGGAAACGUGGCAGAUGUUCGGCAGGGAUGUGUUUCUUCACCAGAACGUAGUCGACGAGUUGAUCCGGCAGUACCCGGAGCCGAGGGCGAAAUUAUUUUACCUCGGGUACACGACAAAAUCAUCCUCCUCAUCCUCAGGCACGACGAAUGGAAGCAAUAACCAGCGGAAUACAAACGAAACAAAUACAACCGGGUCUAUCAGUCCGGGCGCUGCACCAGACAACUUUCAGCAGGGGGGCAGCAGCUCGUCGACCAGCAACAGGACGUGGGAAGAGCAGAAUUUGAGCGGAGUAUUGGUCCGGUUCACCCUGACGGAUAUGACGUCACCGCAGCCGAAGGCCUUUGAACUCCGGGGGAUCGUCCGGAAACAAGCUUUUCUGCAGGAGGCAAUCAUUGGUAGAGCUAUUUUUGUAUAAGUUCAUACUUUUGUGGUAAUAUAGUAAGCAUUUAUUAUUUGUGCGGUCUUUCAUUGUCGUGCAGGUUUAGGUUUGUGGCCUCCGUGAAAAAGAAAAUGCAGAUGUGUCUGGUGGUGCAGCUGCAGACACGUUUCAAAAAUAAAAGUGAAAAAUAAAUCAUCAGGCACACUGACCAACUUCGGUCCCCCCUCCGACAUCCCGAAUCUUCCGGGGUACGCGACCCUGACCGCGACGAUCAAGAAUAUCGGGGAAAUGGAGCUCGGUGUCGCGGAAGAAGAGCUGCUCCGGCUGCACCCACGCCCAACGUUAGGCGACCAGAUGAUCUUCGAUCUGCAUAGGAUGCUGGAGCUGCCCCCACCCUAUUCCAACAUGGUGCCGCAGGACGUGGAAAGAUUGGACAGUUACCAAAUGGUGCUAGACUUCCUGCAACGAGCGGGCUUGACAGAUUCGGGCGGGGGACUUACAGGUAGUUCUUGUGCAGCGGGAGACAACAGCUUCGAUCACAGCCAAUCCCCACCAGGAGGAGCUAGUAAUGGUGGGCACUGCUCCACCCCGCACGCAGGCGAACAACCUGUAGACGAUAGUGUGCUUCUUCACUGCUCUCCAUUCUACCGCGAGUUGCGAAUUCAGCUCGGCGUGGACCCGAAACCGCAAGACAGCAUGGCAAAAUCGCCAGGCAGCGACGGAAACAACAAUAACGGGCUGCUAACGUCUCAUGAUGGCACGCCAGCGACUGCAAAUGGCACUACUACCUCAGGAGCUGGAGGUGGACAACUUUCCUACACACAGCCGUUAGGGCACUCGGGUUCUUCCAACGGAAAUGUUGCGGCAUUAGCAGGUCUACAUUCCGAAACUACAACGACACAGCUACUUCCCGACGCUUCUAACAGUGGGCCUAUUUUGAACUCGAAGAGCGGUGCCAGCGUCGGAGCGGACGACCAAAAUUUGAUCAACGAGGGGAAGUGGUACACGGGGAUGCUGAAAAAUUACAAGGAUGACAAAAAUUACGGGUUCGCGAGCUGCAAGGAAUUGGAGGAAGAAGGGUUAUACGAAGUCGGUAUAGAGUACUAUUGUGUUUGUGAUGCGGGAUUUGAAUGUGACAACAAGAUUUGUCAUGCACAUUCGAUAAUUCAAAUACCACACUCUACACAGGUCGCGACGUCUUUGUCCGCAACCUUCCGCCGAAUCACUACAAGCCGGGGGAGCAGAUCCGUUUCCAAAUCACGGAGUUUGACGGGAAACCACAGGUACCAAGUGCAAAACUGUCUGGGUCUGGAAGAGUGUAAACUUGUCAUGCAGAUUUUCCAUGACCCAUGAGGUCUCGAAUGCGGGACUUAGCAUGACAGGCUCAGCGAGGUCUCCGUCAUGCCUAUCCUGCAUGAGAAACUGCCUCCCAACUUGGUCGAAAGUGGACAGCUUUUGGCACUCAUGCAACACAGAUUUUUGCAUGCUUCAGAUUUACCAUGACAAGUUACCACCUUCCAGACCCAGACAUAUUUGCAGUUCAUAACAGGCCGCGAACGUGGAAGAAGUGCCUGGGAACCGGUACGUUGGCUUCGUAAAGUCCUUUGACCUCGGAAAGGGCUUCGGGUUUAUCCGGUGUGAGGAACUGUCCGCGCAAUACACCGGCGACGUUUUCGUGCAGGCGACUGCGUACAACGAAGAAGUCCGGGAGCAGUGUCCUGUAGGGACGUCAGUCGAGUUUUGCUUGUGGAUCAACAACAACAACAAACCGCAGGCACUGCGACUAAGAAAACCGCAGAACGAGGGGAGAUACUAUGGUAAAGAUUAUAGGAUUUUGUUGGUCUAUGCUAUUGUGGUAGGUUGCUCCACCGCAGGUCGCAUGAAAUCACACUGAAAAUGAUGGGUAGAGUGAAGCAACUGAGAAUAUGCCAACUGACCCACGCAUAAAAAUUCUCCAGGUGUGAUCAAAUCCUACAACCAGCAGAAUGGAUACGGUUUCAUCCACUCAAACGAAGUGCAGAAACGGUACGGAAAGGGCUGCGAUGUGUACUUGCCCUCCACUGUCAAAGACCUUUCAAACCUGAACAUUGGCGACUUCUGCUCCUUCACCGUCGUGCUGAGGAGCGGAAAAAUCACGGCACAGGGACUAAGCGCGGUGACGGAAGAGGAGCAGAUCAGCUUGCUGGCACAAGGUAUGGGCAAUUGUAUUUUUGAGGUGACUGCAGUAGAAUAAAGAGUCAACUGGCAUUGACUGACUCACGAUUCGACUUUGAAUAUUUGCCAUCUGGAGGUCCUCGUGUGAACUGAGCGUGUGAAUGUGAACGCCUUCUGUACAUAAAAUAGCAAAUGUAAAAAUGUCUGGGUCUGGAAGAUUCUGAGAUUUGUCAUGCAUGUUUUGCAUGGCCCAGGAUGUCUGUAAUGCACGACCGCGCAUCACAGAUUUUAAGAGGGCUUCCUGAUGCCUAUUCCGCAUGACAAACGCCCUCCCCGCGUAGCACAAACCGGACUCCUCUACUUGCUGGUCAUGCAAUACAGAUUUUUCUAGCGUCCAAAGUUAGCAUCACAAGUUCCAACCCUCCAGACCCAGACACUUUUAAAUUUGAUAGAAAAAUAAAGUCAACUAUACCACAGGUAUGACCCUGACUGCGGAAAUCGAAGUGACCGACAAACGGCGCUACGACGGCGUCGUGAAAAAAAUGUUUGACAGUUACGGUUUCUUAGACUGCCCGGUCUUGAGGAAGAAGUACAAUCAGGACCCGUUUCUGCAGAAGUCCCAAAUACCUUUCGCCCUGCAAGUCGGCGACUCUGUCACGUUUCAGAUAUACUUGAAGGAAGACAACAUGCAGCCGCAGGCAUGUAACCUCCAGCGGAAACUGCCGAAUCCCAGUUCCCCGGGCGGGUUGCAGACCGCACGAGAAAUCAUGGAGCAGCUGGAAGCGUCCUCCCCGGAAUCUCUAGGAGGUCGAGACAUUAUACGCUCGCCCCGGGUCGUAAAUAUGGUGAUGGGGGAAGGAGUGAACGGCAGCGGCCAAGGAGCAGCUUCAUCUAGCACUUCAUCCCCAGUGCAAAUGCGCAUGGAAAUUUCGGAGGAGGGAGGAGAACAAGUGGCGCGAGUCCUUGAACGACCAGGUGGCGGUCCUAAUAGUACACGCCCGCAAGUAGUAGAACCAAGUACAACUCCCGGUGCAGUCGUAGCGGCGACAGGACCACCCCAACAUCAAACCAUCGUUCUUGAGCAGCAGCAGGAGGAAAGGCAUGCAAACGACGCCGACCAAGCGACCACUUCGAGCAGUACCCCGCAGAAAUCCACCUCCAACGAAAAGCCGGGAGGGUUCUCCCCGCCGGAUAGAAAAAGAAGCGUGGACAUCAAUAUGAAUUACGAAGAAGGGAGGAGUACGGCCGGAACGAAUGGAGCGGAUUUUCAACAUGGGGGUGCAGUUGUAGUACAGGGAGAUGAAGCAACAACUACUAAGCAGCAACUUGCUGGUGGUGAACAGGACGAACACGAGGGCUCAGCUCCAUCUCCAAAUAAAGGAAUAUCAUCUGCAUCAGUGAAUUCUCGAGGCGGCUGGAAUCUGUCGUUAAUCAGCGAAUCGCAGCAGAAGCAACUGAACAAACGGUUACAGCGGCUCUGCGGCUCGCACCAGCUGCACGUGGAAGAGAUGCAGCAAUAUUUGGACUUGGGCGCGAAUCCGAACGAGCCAGAUAUCAGCGGGUUUCGACCGCUGAUGUUGUGUGCUAUGAACAUCUCGCAGGUAUAAUUUUUUUUUUCGAUUUGCACUUUUCAUGAAAAUAAAAUUGGUGCAGUGCAUAUUCAGCUUGACAGAUAAUGUGAUAAUUUUUCACCACCUCCGUCGAAGUAGAUGACAACAAAAAACACGACCCACUGAACUUCGUACAACAGACCUGCUGCUGGCAGAAGAUCGAGCUGCUCCUGCAAUACAGCGCGGACUUGCAACUCUCCACCAACUCCCACCCCACGGUUUUGGCUUGGAUGAAAGAGCGAAUCGGGAUGGACUUUGCGGCCCAAUUAGAGAAACUGAACGACGCGAUCGCGAAGGGCCAAACGCCCGAACGGCCCGAACACGGCUACUUGUUCCAGGACGGGGGGCUCGAGAAUGACUGAGGACUGAUUUGGUUCUUGAUUCUCAUCUAGAACGCGGGCGGGCAGGGUAAUUAUAUGUGGUCGCGCGACCGGCAGGACUGACUUGUACUUACUCUUUUCCCACUUCUUGUAUGCUGCUCGUCUAAAAAAGUACACCUGUUUCGAAAAAGCAAUCAUUAUUUCCUCAGGAAGUGAUUCCUCGUUGUAUAGGGGAAUUCAAGUACUUCUCAGUAGUCAAAGAGUCAUCCACCUCUGCAAAAUUUAUUUCAACUUGUUUUCAAUUUUUUUUUCGGAAAUACAGUUUCCAAAGAAAACCGCGACUGUCAAAAAAGCGACACAAAAGCUAUUAAAGUUGUUUUACUACGAGUUUUUACGUUGAUUUAUAUUUAUGAUUUGAUAGAUUCAUCUCAACAUCUCUUUGUACUAUACACACCAAGUUUAAUAGUACUACGCCAGACCAGAGUCUCCGUGGCUGUGUCAACCACAGUUUCUCGCCCUGGUUGACAUAACAGAACGCUGAUCUUAUCACCGCUGAACUCACGGCUUUCGGUUUCUACACUUGUUGACGCGCUUCUUGAAGAUGUUACAAUAUGCAUUUCGAAAGGUUUUGCAAAAUGCACUUCCACCUGAAAAUGUAUAUCGAUGUAGACAUGUCUUCGGAACUUGUUGUUUUAGAAAUCUAGAGAACAAAAAACGCAUAAACCUGUGAAAAGAAACGCGCAUUUUUUCUUGUCAAAAUUCAAUGUGAUUUCUUUCGCAAAUUUGUCUGCUCUCGAGAUGUUUGGAACCUUGUCAACCGGAACUCCCGGCCUUGAAGUAAAUCUUUGAUUGACGAACGAAAGAACGGCGGUAUGAGAACUUCAAGUAAUUGCUUGCGCAAGAAGAU